AUAUAAAUACCAGCCAUGGCAAACAAUUACUUAUUAAAGAGAGAGAUGGGAGAUAUGAGUAGUGCUCGUUCCUUGGCAUUGGUAGCCUUUGUGAUGGCUGGAAUUAUAAUCUCCAGUGACGUAGUGUCAGCGCAGUUUUGCCAAGAUGAUUAUAAGAGUAUAAUGAUGCAAUGCCCUGGUAAUAUCGAGAAACCAGGCCCCAAAACCCCACCGUCCGGUGAAUGUUGCUAUGUUAUGAAGAGGGCUGAUAUCCCAUGUGUUUGCUGGCUCAUCAAUUAUUACAAAGAUGUACGGCAACGAAUCAGCAAUGCCAAGGUGGUCUACGUUGCUCAACAGUGUGGCAUAACUCUUAACCCGGGGAUCAAAUGUGGAAGUUAAACUGUUCCAGUGGCACGAGAUGGAGAGGAGUUCAAGUGGAGGAUUAAAGUGCGGUUUUAACUGCUUAGAAUAAACAUUACUGAUUGUUAUGAACAUAAAUUUGUGUAUAAGAUCAUAUAUAAAUAUAAAUUUUCAUGCUGAAA